AUAAUAUAAUGUCAAUGAUUAAUAAUGUGCAUUUCCAUUAAUUUUAACAUAACGCGUAUGAAGAUAAGCUAGAAGAAUUCAUAUAAUGUCGGAUUUAUAACGAUAAAAUAAGAUAAAGAUAAGCAAUGGACCACAGGGCGCAGCUUGAGAACAAGAAAUACAGGAACUGGGUGAGAGCCGGACUUGGCAUUAAAUAUGUAAAAGACGGCUUGGAACCAUUCUGUGAUCAUCUUGUUAACCAGCAGCAUGUUGAUAUCUUAGAUAAAGUUAAACAGAAACACAAUCUUUCGGCAGUAGCCUGUGGACUCUGCGAUGUACACACACUCCAGCCAGAUCAUGUUCAAAGCAAAAAUAGACAGUGUCCGCUCGGUCAAAUUCAUUGUAACUGUCUACACCCACGCGGGAAAACGUCUUGUCCCAACAACGUAUGUGGUGCUAUAUACGACGAAAUUAUUUGGCGACACGCAUCCACUCCUCCUGCCCCAUACUGGAGAAACACAGACGCUCAUCAGUGGUGUACUGAACCUUGGGCUGUUGCAAAAUGUUUCAUAAAUGCUCCAGGAUAUGAACACAAGACAAGAGCAACUGAGUUUGACUGUUCCGGUUUGUUGCAUCUGUUGAUUGAUAACAUAGAGUUUCAUCACCAUAUCCAUUGUAUAAUUGAUGGUAAUGAUGCUUUCUCAAGGGUACUUCAACACAGAAACGCCAUAUUUCAUUGUAACAAUAUGGAAAUAGAGGACACAGACAUUGCAAAUUAUAUAGAUGAUAUGAUAGAACUGCUGCAAGAUUAUAAAGAAAUGAAAGAUAGACAGGAAUCUAAAAAUGCGGUCAAGAAAUUGCUUGAGCUAAAGCAGGAAAAGUUUGUAAUAACAACUACAGAUGAAAUGGAAGUCCGUCGUAAUGCAAUGGAUGCAAUCGAAGAGAAGGAAAAGAAUCUUGAACAGAGAAUAGUUGACGCUGCGACUGAAAUUGGCGAAAGUGAAAAACAGAUAAAGGUGAUAGGUUCAACUAUAAAACACGAACUCGCGCAGAAAAGGGUUGAAAUGAAAGAUGAUUUGAGAAAGACCGAAAUCGACUCAAUAGGAAGACUCGAGAAGAAAGAGAAAGAAAUCAAGGAAGUGCUUAGGAUGAAAGAAAUUGAAUCUGCAAAGAAGAUGGAUCAAAAAGAGAGAGAAAGCAAAGAUAAUUUGAGAAAGAUAGAAGUUGAUUUAAAACAGAAAUUGGAACAGAAAGAGUUGCAAAUCAAAAAGAAUUUGAGAGUGACAGAAGUUAACUCAAAAGAGGGACUUAAGCAUGAAGAGAUAGAAAUUAAAAAGAAUUUAAGAGUGGUAGAAUUGGAAUCAAAAGGGAGACUAGAUCAGAAAGGAAAAGAAAUUGAAAAGCAUUUAGAGCGUAAAGGAGAAGAUAUACUUUAUCAGCUGAAAAGAAAACAGUCAGCUCAGAUUCAAAUCGAAGGCAGGCGUAGUGACGACAUUAGUAAGGCAACAGCAGACGAUUUAAUGAAGUCAAGUCCUCGUGAAAGGGCACUGCAGUCUAAUUAUGAAAGAAUGAGAGCAGUUAUAUCUCUUUUCGGGAUAUGAAAUUCUUGCUCCAUAUUUUAUCAAGACAGCGAAUUGAGCAUGCAGUUUUCAACAGAAUGCUAUAAGUAUAUACUGAAACGUAGUACAGUGAAAGAAAACACUUUUCUAUCGAGAAAGGGUACGAGGAACCGAAGAAUAGGACUAUUAUAUUUGGACUACUUCUGAUCUGCGAAGACUUGAUUUAACAGUGGUCAGGCUUACAGUUUUUAAGAAGCAAUGAUUCGGUCAAAAUUUGCUUCCAUGGUGUCGAAAGUACCCUAUAGGUUAGAGACCAAAAAGUGUUUUCCAAUAGACUUCCAUUAUAGCAUUGUGGCGUGUACGGCCUUAGAUUUUUUUGAAACAUGUUUAUCUGGUACAUUUUGUUUUUCAAGAACUAUCUUAGUUCCACCGAAACAUAUGAAAAGUGAUGCUAAAUUUAAGACAUUUUGACACUCGACACGGCACAUGAAAAUUCAACACGAAACUCGUUUCAAUAGUCGAUAUUGCGACGUGACAUACUAAAUUUGUACGAAAUUGUAUGCGGGAAUGUCGCAUUGUUGCACUGUCAUAUGUCGCGCCUUUGUCAUGAAAUGUCGCUGUAAAUAUCAAGUGUCGGGUUGUACUGUCGUGUAUCGCGUCGCAUUGUUGUGUUACAUAUCGUAUGUCACGUCGCAUUGUCAUGUGGCAUUUAGUGUGUCACGUUGCAUUGUUGUAUGGCAUAUCGUGUGUCAUGUCGCAUUGUAGUGUGGCGUGUCGUUUGCCAUGUUGCAUUGUCGCGCGACGUACCUUGUGUCACGUUGCAUUUUCGCGUGAUAUAUCUUGUGUCACAUAAUGUUUUCGUGUGGCAUAUCAUGUGUCACGUUGCAUUUUCGCGUGAUAUCUUGUGUCACAUAAUGUUUUCGUGUGGCAUAUCGUGUGUUACGUCACCUUGUUGUGUAGCUUAUCGUGUAUUACGUCGUAUUGUUGAGUGGCAGAUACCUCAGUCGAUUCUUAGGCUUGUUCUUUAAUCUCAUUUUUACAUAUUAUUUUCAACAUUUGUUCUACAACUGGCAAAGUUGCAACUGGUAGGGGUAAAGGCAUUAUAAAUCCAAUCCCUAAAUCCUCUACGACCGCCCCUAGAAAUCCGAUGUGCUACCGUCGUAUUAAUUUGGCAUCUACAAUGUAUAAAUUAUACUGUUCAGUGUUAAACCAAAGAGUUUCGCUAUAGUUAGAGUGUAAUGAAAAAUUGGUUGAUGGAACAAAAUGGUUUUAGGCCUAAAAAAAUUCUUUGUAUCCGGUAACAUGCUCAAAAAAUUAGGGUAGGUAGGUCGGAAAACUUUUCUGGGGGGAUUUUUUUUAGCUCACCUGUCACUAAGUGACAAGGUGAGCUUUUGUGAUCGCGCAGCGUCCGUCGUCCGUCCGUCCGUUCGUGCGUGCGUGCGUGCGUAAACUUUUGCUUGUGACCACUCUAUAGGUCACAUUUUUCAUGGGAUCUUUAUGAAAGUUGGUCAGAUUGUUCACCUUGAUGAUAUCCAGGACAAGUUAGACACUAAACUAUGUCAGUAGGUCUAAAAAUAGAAAAACCAUUUGACCUUUCUAGAGGUCAUAUAUUUCACAAAACCUUGAUGAAAAUUGGUCAGGAUAUUUAACUUGAUGAUAUCUAGGUCAAGUUCGAAACUGGGUUACGUGGCUUUAAAAACUAGGUCAGUAGGUCAAAUAAUAGAAAAAACCUUGUGACCUCUCCGAAGGCCAUAUUUUUCAUGGGAUCUGUAUGAAUCAAUGUUGGUCUGAAUGUUCACCUUGAUGGUAUCUAGGUAAAAUUCGAAACUGGGUCACGUGCGGUCAAAAACUAGCUCAGCAGAUCUAAAAAUAGAAAAACAUUGUGACCUCUCUAGAGGCCAUAAUUGUGAAUGGAUCUUCAGAAAAAUUGGUCAGAAAGUUCAUCUUGAUGAUAUCUAGGUCAAACUCGAAAGUGCGUUACGUGUCUUUAAAAAGUAGGUCAGUAGGUCAAAUAAUGAAAAAAUACUUGUGACCUCUCUAGAGGUCAUAUUUUUUAUCGGAUCUGUAUGAAAGUUGGUCUGAAUGUUUAUCUUAAUGAUAUAUAGGUCAGGUUUAAAACGGGGUCAACUGCGAUCAAAAACUAGGUCAGUAGGUCUUAAAAUAAAAAAACCUUGUGACCUCUCUAGAGGUCAUACCCUUAAUUGGAUCUUCAUGAAAAUUGGUCAGAAUGUUUACCUUGAUGAUAUUUAGGUCAGGUUUGAAACUGGGUCACGUGCCUUUAAAUACUAGGUCAGUAGGUCAAAUAAUGAAAAAAACCUUGUUACCUCUCUAGAGGUCAUACUUUUCAUGGGAUCUGUAUGAAAGUUGGUCUGAAUGUUCAUCUUGAUGAUAUCUAGGUCAGGUUUGAAACUGGGUCAACUGUGAUCAAAAACUAGGUCAGUACAUGUAGGUCUAAAAUUUUAAAAAUCUUUUGACCUCUCUAGAGGCCAUAUUUUUCAAUGGAUUUUCAUGAAAAUUGAUCAGAUUUUUAUCUUGAUUAUAUCUAGGUUAAGUUCAAAACUGAAUCACAUGAGCUCAAAAACUAGGUCACUUUAUCAAAUAAUAGAAACAACGACGUCAUACUCAAAACUGGGUCAUGUGGGAACAGGUGAGCGAUUCAGGACCAUCUUGUUCCUCUUGUUUUAUUAAGGGGGACUUUUUGAAAUUAUUUUUGUGUCAAAAAAUGAAUGCAAAUAAGAGGGUAAUGCCUUCAGGGCAUCAGUAAGUUGAUUUCUAACAUCACUGGACAUGUUUAAAGCAUAAAAAGUGCAGUUUUGCAACUUUUUGUUAAAAACUUGAAAAAAAAAAAACUAUUCUCCAAAGCCAUAAAAACAUUUAGGGUCGGGCAAAAAAUUUAGGGUUGGUCGGGAUACCGGAAACAAACAAUUUUUUACGCCUUAGGCUUAAUCGCAGUACAGUAGAUCAUAUUUCAUCAUUAACAUCAACAAGUCAAAUGGUUUAUCGCGGCCAGAAAUUUGUACAAACCGGACAGAAGUUGCAAAAUUGUCAUUUGUGCAGGAAAGAAGCGUUUACCGUAAUGUCCAGUACUGGACAGGUAUAGUGACCAUGCACGGACACAGCCAAUUUUCCCAGAGGGGGGCCGAUCCCCUGCCCCCCCCCCCCACCCUGGACAUUUUGAAAUUUAGCACUUCAUUUUUUGCAUUCUGGGACAGUUUUAUGGACUAACUUGUUAAAUUUGGGAAAAUGAUAAACUCAAGCUUUCUUGAAGGUAAAAUUCUUAGUUUCUUUUAGAUAAAUAAUAUGAAUUAUGUCGGGGUCGUAUGUAGCAGCAGCCGCAUAUACUUUACAUGCAGUCCUAAUGUUGCCUUUUUCGAAAAACAUUUUCUUUCCUUCUUGUCUUCUUUCCUUUUUUAAAGAUUUUCCAGCGGGGGUCCGGAGCCCCGGUACCCUCCCCCCCCCUCCUGAUCCGCGCAUGGCGACAUAUCAUGCUUUCUGUUUAUGCAGGUAAACUUGUGUUUGGUUAAAUUUCAACAGAGCACAGUUGUCUGAACAGUGUACAAACUCAUUACUGUUUUUUCGGGCAAGGGUGAAAAAAAAGCGGUAAACAAUGAAAGCAGUAACAGUUUUAUUAAAAAGAAUAAACAAUGAGACAAACAUUUCCAACAACUUUGGACGGUUCAAAAAUCCCAUGUUAAACAUACGAUAAAGCCCGAAACGCGUGAAAAUGUUCCGAAUGUAAAUCGGGUGAAAUAGACGCUCGUAUAGUUAGAUUAUGCGUCUAGAUUGAUUAAACUGGGCCAGUCUACUUACUUAUUACUUGAGGAUGAAAAAAACGUGUUUUUUGAAUGUUGCUUUUAAACAAGGGUUGCGGUUGAACUACUAAAAGUACAACAACAGUUAAUUCACAACAAAUCGUACGGUAUGUUUUUAUAAUCAGUAGAAGCUAGUCGUAUUUACGCUUAUGAGACCUGUUUCAUCCAUAAGUAAAGAAUUGACAGGUCCAUCAUGAAAUAUUUUCCCCAGCGUGCAAAUACUUGUCCUAUUCAAUAUGAUCGCGGCCUCAUCGGCCGCGACCAAUAAUUGAAAAAAAAUAAUAGAAAAAAAGAAAUUAUUAAGCAAAUUUCACCGCGUUCAUAGAUUAACAUAGUUGGUAGCCCGCCCGCUUAGCUCAGUAGGUAAAGUUUCGGUCUACGGAUCGCGGGGUCGUGAGUUUGAUCCUCGGGCGGGACGUUUGUUCACCGUGACUAUUUGAUAAACAACAUUGUGUCUGAAAUCAUUAGUCUUCAACCUCUGAUUUAUGUGGGGAAGUUUGAAGUUACUGGCAGAAAACAGAUUUGUACUGGUACAGAAUCCAGGAACACUGGUUAGGAUAACUGUCAGCCAUUACAUAACUGAGAUACUGUUGAAAAACGGCGUUAAACCGAAAACAAACAAAACAAUAACAUAGUUGUAUCAAGUAAUUUCUAUGUUCAGGCUCAUGCAUGCAACCAUUUUGCGCCAACGUUCAGUAUUAUCCAAGGUUAACAAAGUUUUGCUGCAAAAACAAAAUGUGUUCUCACUCACAGUAACAUGUUCAUCACGAAAUAAUAUGUUGUUGAUAUCGCUCGGAUGAGGUAAAUGUUUCUGAAGUAUUAUAGAGAUAAAUAGUUGAUAAAGACAGUAUCGGCAAAGCUAAACAGGACCUGCAAAUGCAAUGUAAGGGGAAUAAGUCUGUUUGGUUCAGAGCUAUUUGAAUGGUCUAGUAGUCGCAACUUGACCGCAUUGCUCACUUUCAGUCAAUUAUUUCAUUGAAGAAAUAAAGGGUGAUUAUGGUAGCAAUGUAUGGAAUAAAUAUGUAUGCAGUGCAGUAUCAAAGUUUGUAUACUCAAUAUUUGUAAUAAUUAGAACUUCGUGAUUUCGGAUGUCUGUAAAAUAUGGUGAGAGGUAAUGAUUGUUAAUUCUUUAGAAAAUUUAUACAGCCGUUAUAUGUAAAAUUCUGAUGUCAAUUGUAAAACUAACUGCUGCUAGCUUUCUAUGAAUUUAAAUAAUGAGACACAUUUUCGUGGAAAAAUUCAAAUCACGAAAGGUAUCUGUGCUUGUUGAUUGGUACUCAGAACAUUUCCGCUAUUUUGUGAAAAAGCUAGCUGGAUGGGCCCCCAUUCCGUUUAUAACCUGAAGUUCAGUAAGAACUUGCAUGGAAAUUUGAAAGUCAAUAAUUUGGCAUUGUUCUUGCAGCGGGAUCAUUGCAGGCUGUUCAAAAGGUGUAAAAUUGAUGAUUUUGGCAUGUUUUUUUAAUGGAUGGUAUAAAGCUUUCGUUUUGAUAACUUUCUUUAUUUUUGUAUGAGAAUCCUGAUCUUGCCAUUAAUUUAAAGCACAAAACAUGCACGCAAUUUAUAAAAUGGCCAACCUGAUUCUGCUCAUAAGGGAAGUGCAAAACUGCGACUCGCUACAAGUAAGACUGUCCAUGCCCAAAAUUUUCGAAUCUAAGGUAAUCUAACAUUUCCUCCAGUGUAUAUUUACAACUAUUUCUUUCAUUUUUAUCUCUUUUUUAAAUUUCUUUUCUUUGAUAUCAUUUUUAUUCACGGUUGAUUUCAGUAUACAUGUAUUACAAUUUCAUAGGUAUUAAUUAAAACAAGUUUUAUUCAAGAUUCAGUUUCGAUCGCUAUAAUUUCAGUACGAAACACAUGUUACCGUGAAGCCCGUGAAUUUUGAUUUUCACGUGUCCCUUUGUAAUUUAAAACAUAUAAACCAGUAAAUAAAUAAAAAAAAAAAAGAAAAUGUUCUCACUUUUGGACUCGAACCAGCAAUUUCCCCGCAUAAAAGUCAUGUGUUGUAACCACUGAGCCAUCGAUACGAACAACGAGUAGGGGCUUCACUUACAGUGCUAAUAAUGACAUUUAGACACUUAACCAAAAUUUACUUCAUGGCCGAGUGGUUAAGGUCGCUGACUUCAAAUCACUUGUCCCUCAUCGAUAUUGGUUCGAGCCUCACUCGGGGCGUUGAGUUAUUCAUGUGAGGAAGCCAUCCAGCUGGCUUACGGAAGGUCGGUGGUUCUAUCCAGGUGCACGCUCGUGAUGAAAUAAUGCACGGAGGGGCUCCUGGGGUCUUCCUCCACUAUCAAAGCUGGAAAGUCGCCAUAUGACAUAUAAUUGUGUCGGUGCCACGUUAAAUCCUGCAAAAUAAAUAAAUAAAUGUACUGAUAGCACCGAGGUUGGGCUAAAUGUUAUAAUAUCGAACACACAGAGUGUAUAAUGUAUGCAGAUUUGACAGGUUAAAAAUAGCACAAUAAGUGCCUUCUGUUGCCUUUACGUAUGUAAGGGUUUCACCUGACGGGGAUAACUUUAAUUUACACUGCCUUUUGACUUUGGAACAUGAUGGGGGUAAGAAUGAGGUUAGGGGGUGCCCCAUAAACCAGUUUGAACUCCCCAGGGAUGGUUUUGUCACUGACCGUUCUAAGGCGGUGCCCAACUGUGUUCCUGUAUUUGUUUGUUUUCUCCUUCAUUUGUCCUUGUGUGUGUGUGUAGUGUGCAAGUGUUGUUUGUGUGUGCCUUUCUGAGGCUGCGUUUUUGGAACGUGGCUUUACCUGUUGGAAAUUCUUCCUUGUUUUAAUAAUGCAAGAUGAUGGAUAAAUUACCACAGAGAGCCAGUUACCGCGAAUCAUGGUAACUGAUAAUUUCCAGAAUAUAGCUGGCUUCAAGGUAAUAGAGUAAUAGAAAGUGAAAGUAUAAUUUGUAAUACCUAUUUUUCCGUUUCUGUUGAUAAGUUCAACUUGGUUAUUAUACACAAACACUAAAAUAUAAAACGGUUCAUGUUUCAGUAGAUAACAGUGAUAUUUUGAACCAAAUUAAUGUUACCAUUGGAACGAACAUCGUGGGCAUUGAGUCACACCUUAAGAUGUCAGAAAGUGCUAAAACGUUUACUUGCUAUGUCAGAGAACUUGGAAAUUAUUUUCUUGUCAACUCAAGUCAGAGAAACAUUAAGGUUUAGCAGUAUAUCACAAAACAAUUGUUUUUAAACGAAUGAACAGCAUCUUGACACACAACUUAUCUGUCCAAUACAUAUUUUACUGUUCUGUCCCACAGAGUUGGAUACUUAAAAUAUUCUUAAUGAGUUGUCCCCCUUUAAAUAAGAAUGUCAUUUGUAAAGAAAUAAAUGUAAACAAUUGUCAAAAACGAUGUUUACCUAGUUAUGUAAAGUUUAAACACUCAAACGAUGUUGCAAACGAAGACGUGUAACAGCUUUUAAAAAAUAUUGAGUUUUUAAAGGCGCUGAACUGUCCAGAAGUGUGGCCCCUUCAUGCAGCUUCUUUCCAGAAUUCAACUUAUAUAUGUCAGUAAAUUGACAAUGGUUUUGUAGAAUAAUGUUUCAUGCGCUGUUAAAUGUUCAAGUAAAACAAUGCUUUCUUUCUAUGAUUUAAUGACAUUCGAACUUUUUCCUCCGAAACAUGGACCUUUACCUUAAGCAGAAAAGGAACAGAAUGAAUUUCCAUUCCCAACCGAGCACCACUGCAUGGAAGAUUGUAGGAGUGAAUAAUACGUUUCACAAAAAUAGCGCUGAAUAAAGUUUAGGAUGCUCCCUCAUCACCAUGGAAACAACUUAAACGGUCGUCACGGAGAGCGGAAUUUUGCUUAGCAACAGACCGCUAACUUGGGUGUCAUUAAGGUCAGAGACCACCAAUUCAAAAAAGUACAGCUUACUGGGAAUGAGGUAAGCGUAUACCUGGGAAUAAGGUAACGUCUGUGCGUUCUGAUUGGUCAGUCAUGUAAACAAACCCAGGAAGUGAUUAUUUUUUCAAAAUUGAUAUAUUUUCACUGCAUUUACAGUAUUUUAUUGUACAUUUUGACAAAAUUUGCUACAUUUUAUGUGUUUUGAAAAGAAGUUUUAUCAAACGAAUUUCUCCCGCCAUAUCAAUGAUGUAAACAGGGGGUCAUCUCAUUCACACGAAAAUUACUUAAAUAAAGUAUCACUAUUCAUAUGUUUUUGUCCGAUAUUUUGGUAGAACUAAGGUAGUUCUUCCAAAACUUGUAAUUAGAUAUACAUGUUUCGAUGUAUGGAAGGCCGUACACGCCGUAUUGUAAGUCUAUGGGAAAACAAUUGGUGGUCUCUAACCUUAAGCGUCGGAGACGUGGACCCAUUGACGCAGUCAUCUCUUUUCUGCGGCCAGACACUUACGCCACUUUCGUAUAACACCACUGCCUUCGACUUUGAAAACCCAUACAGAUUUGACGAACAUUCUGCAGCAAUUACGAUACAUGCUUCUUGACCAUUUCUGGAAACGAUGGAGAAAAGAGUAACAGCACUGCGUGAAACUCAUUUUUUAACUGAUUAAUAUCAGUAUUUCACUGAAAAGCAUGAAAUAAAAACGGAAAAUUCUAAAUUAAUCUAAGUUACAAGUAUGUCUACUCAAUCAAACCGAGUCUGCAAUGUUCACUAUUUGUCUUGUUCUCGGUGCUUCCGAGGGAUCUACUUUUCAGAUUAUAUUUACUUCACAACAGCGGGUGUUAAGUGCUGUGUGGCGGCCGUAAAAAGUCGCCCCGACUUCAUCUCAGUGUUGUUAUAUUUUCUGGUCCUUCGGGAUCAUUGAUUUCAAUUCAUUUAGAUUUGAAGAUUGAAUACUGCUUAAGCCGGUGCUAGGGGGCGUGGGCAGUGUUGCUUUUUCCAUUACUGCCCAUGAACAGACUCAAUCAAACCGAGUCUGCAAUUUUCACUAUUUGUCUUGUUCUCGGUGCUUCCGAGGGAUCUACUUUUCAGAUUAUAUUUGUAAUAAUGAAUAGUAAAGUACAUUGUAGUAGAUUUUCUUCAGAUUUUAACACUGCAACCCAAAAAUGCUCCGAGAAAAAAAAACAACAACGAAAUGAUAUAUUAACCGAUUGCUUUUAGAAAUAAAAAAAAACAUGAAUUUAAAAAAUGUGUAGCUUUUGAAGGAUAUGAUCAAAAUGUUUGUUAAAACGUUCGUUUUAUGCAUCAAAGAAAUGUCUACAUCAGUUCCUUUUUUUCGUAAAUAUCUUUUAUCAGAUAUAAUCAUGCGGAUGUGUUUUAAUUCUACGGAGGAAAGUGUGUUUAAACAUUUUUAAGUUUGUUUUAUCGCUUUCCUGCAAAACAGCUGAUAUAUACAGCUAAUUCUUCCAAGGAAUCCUCUUUCCAUAAGAAUUUUUUUCUUAUCAAAUUUCACACCAUUUUCAUCUCUAUUUUCACGAAAGAUGUAAUUCCAAACAUACUGGCAAGUUUCAUUGUGAAAUUUCGAGAUUUUAGAGAAAUAUAUAGACAUUUAAUAGAAGCCACCCACUACAUAUUUACUGGGCUAAAUUCUGGUCCUAUGGUCCUAUAUCGUAUAUUUUGGUAAACGUUUCAUUUGUUUGCAUUAUUUUUCACUGGGAUUCUGAAAUAUCAUUCAUCAUUCCGUCAUGAAUAAGACCCAGAAGGAUGCAUUUUGCGCAUUUUCUGACAUUUUUGGAGAUAAAAUUUUGGCUUUUCAAUCCCAGAAGUCGCUGCUGAAAUAGGCGCAUCUACUCAAAAUUUAGUUAAAAUUCAAAUUUUUUUUCAAAUUUCAUUAUUAUUGUGCAUUGGAAACACCCUUUGAUAUCAUAUACAACCUAUUUAUGACUAUUAAGACGAACUGCGAUGUGUUUCAAGAAAAGUCUUAUUUUUAGCUUUUAUAGGUUAAAGGUCAGUUAUUCAUAUCCUUCUUUGUUUCAUAUAAAAACGACAACUUCAGGUCGUCUUUACGUAUCUUUAGAGAACAUCUUUUUUCCUACUCCUAUUUUUCACGAAAGUUCUGUCACAAAUUAACGGAAAAAUGAAAACACCUACUUCCGCUUUCGAUCUGCAAAAUUUGCCAUGUGGGGUGUAUGAACAUGAAAACCGUCUCAUUUUAUGCAGAAUGUAUUCUAGUAGUGAAAAAGGGUGAUAAAGCUGUCGUUCUACACGAAUAUUCGCAAAAAUGGAAAAAUCAGGAUCUAUUUAUUAUGGACUUCUUUCGACUACACCAAGGAAGCACAUUUUAGACCGAAUUACUGACCUUUAUCCUGUACAACAGACAAACCACUUUCGAUUUUCAGGAAAAACAAACGAGAGGAAUUAAAAGCAUAUUACGUUUUAGUAUUGAUUUUUCUGUAUAUAAAUAAUUAGGCUAGCUGAACAGUUUUAGACUGAACAAAGAAAUGUGUUCUUUUGAAGGAACUCUCCAGGUCACGUGAUUUUCCUCAUUUUUGUUAUAUUGUUCCAGAAAUCCAACUGGCAAGACAAACUUGCUGAACGGUAUCCAAUGUCAAGGGUACGGCCUGUUCUUGUACGUGACAAAUGUAAAGUUGCUGGCAAAUUCAAUAGAUCCGCACUGACAUUCGGUAAUUUCCGUAAAGUAACGUAUUUUCCGUAAGAGAUUUCGGCAUUUUGCUGAUAGUUGCUCGUAUAAACUACGUAAGCAGCCGAAUGAUGCCGAAAUAGCAUUCGGAGAAUACGGAAUCGAGCGACAAUUGCCAAAUGUCAUCACGUGUCUAUUACCUUAAUCACGCAGAUGGCGCUACUUGCUAGAGAAGUACUUUGCAACAAGAUACACUCAUUUUGCCUUUUUAUUUUAGCGUGACGUUUCUUAAACUAUCAUAGUCCAAUGAAUGUUUAUCUUAUUAUAACUACUUUUAUUUUUUAUUUCAUUUUCAUGAUAUAGUGUGUGUUCAGUUGUCAGUGUUUGACAACAGUUGAGUUCAACAGCAACAG